GUUGAACAAUCUCAAACAUUUUCGAAGUGAAAAAAUGCUUAUGCUUUUGCAUAAGCAUUUUUCAUUUAUGUUUCAUUUAUGAAUGCUGAUAAGAUAACAAUGGUUGUAAAAUAAGCUAGCUAUUUAAGUUCCCCCCACAGGUGAGGCAAUAACCCAAAAGCUUUGAAACAUCACACAGAUCCCAUCAACAGGAUGCUCUCUAUCCUUUUGUUCGCUGCGGCGUGGGUUGCCUGCCUGGCACAAUCCAAUGAGUUCUCCUCGUACUCUUCAGCCAUCGGAUUAGGGGCUGGAACUCCCUUCUCUGCCAAAGGAGAAGGAAGUAUCACAGGCGUGAAAGUCUGGGAGCUUCCUAAUAGUCACAUAACUGGUAUCCAGUUGCGUCAUGGCGCCAACUGGGGCAGUGUUCUUGGUAUUGUCACCACCAGUGAACUGAGCAUGGAGCUAUUUGAAGGAGAGGCCAUUGUUCAGGUGUCUGGAAAAUUCAACCCCGUGGACUACAUCUAUCAGUUAACUUUCAGGACCAACAGAGGGCGUUCUCUCAUCGCAGGCCAGCCAUUACAGGUGUCCUUUAACUUUUACCCCAAGUUUGCUAGGGCGGAGCUCCGGAUGUUGAGUGGGCGGUCCAACGACAAAGGGAUCACAUCCCUUGGAGCCCAUUGGGGGAUAGUCAAUCCACGGGGCAACACAGGGGCAGACCAACCAUGAAAUGAAUUGAACUACACGUUUAAAAGUAGAUUCAACUUUUGAGUUUCUAUGAUAUCCCACUUAUCAAUAAAGCAUGAUAAGCAU